GUGCAUAACUGCACACAAGAAUCGUGCGUUCUAGUCGUUGUUGCUCGUCGUUGUUGACUUGUGAUGUGGUGUUUCUAGCUUACGCUAAUUAUUUUACUGAAUAGUGUGUGCAUUCUUUUUAUUACCGUUGGCUACAUCUAGAGUCACGAGUAGUAAUUAGCAAGAGCGAUGGAGCAGUCUGUCAGCGCUGUCAGCGAGCUGACCAACUUCCUCCGAAGAUGGGAAGAAGAAAUGCCGACCCCUAACUACAACCCUAUACCAAUUUUAAUCAAAUUAUGUGAAUUAUUUGAAGCAGAAUCAAAAAAUUAUCUCAAAAAAGAUCCAGAUCCUUUUGAUGAUCGUCAUCCAUCUCGAAUAGAUCCUACUUGUGUAUUGGGUCAGAUGUAUAAAAUUCUAUUCCGUAAAGAUGCUUUAAUGAAUAAGUUAGUAAUGGAUUAUUUAAAAGAACAUCAUUGGCCAAGACGAACUAAAGAUAAUUACGAUUUAAAUGUUGCUGCAUGUAGACUUAUAAUGAAUCUUAUACCUGGCUUAGAAACAACUGUUGUUUUUGAAAGUCCUGCAAAUGAUCAACUUAUUCAAAGGUUAUUCAGUUGGGCUGAAAGUAGUAGUGAACCAUUACAAACUUAUUCAACGGGAUUAUUGGCAUCUUGUAUGGAACUGACAGAUAUUGCUGCUAAUUUCAAAGAAGAUAAUAAUAGACUUGUCCCAAUUGUAUUGGAUCGUCUACAAUCAUAUUAUACUCAGUUCUGCAAAGAAAAUGAAAUCCAUCAAAGCAUACAUCCAUGUCAAGAUCGACAAGAUCUAAGUAUUAAUCAGAAUAAUGAUGAUAUAGAUGCUCCAUCUCCAAAAAGAAAAAAAGAAAAUGGUAUUUGUGGUGAUAGUAAUUCUUCCUCUACUGAGUCUAGUGCUGCAAGUAACUGGAUACAAAUCUACCCACCAACUUUGACAACAAAAUUAGUUUACUGCCUUAAAUAUUUAGUCCCUACUGGAGAAUAUCAAGAGUUUUUAAGCCAUGCCUACGAAAAAAAUGCUCUCAACUUGGUCAUGAAAAUAGUCAAUUCUUCAGAAAAACAAAAUGGUUAUUUAACUUUUGAAGCAUUAAAAUACUUAGCUGCUCUUCUCUGCCAUAAAAAAUUUGCCACAGAAUUCAUAGGUUCACAAGGAUUACAAAAACUACUUCUUAUCCCAAAACCUAGUAUUCCAUCCACUGGUGUUUCAAUUUGCUUUUAUUAUUUGUCAUAUUGUGAGGAAGCCAUGGAAAGGAUUUGCCUUUUACCUGUACAUGUUCUUGUUGAUCUUGUAAAGUAUGCACUAUGGAUGUUAGAAUGUUCUCAUGAUUCUAGUAGAUGUCAUGCAACUAUGUUCUUCAGUUAUAGUUUUCAUUUUAGAGUUAUUCAAGAAAUAUUUGAUAACCAUGAUGGAUUACGUAAACUUCUUAAUGUGGUUAGUACAUUGCCUAUUCUUUCAUCUGAAGAUCCAGCUUUUAGUGCAUUAACUGAAGAUGCUGAAUGUUCUGCACGGCAAAUUAUUCGCCAUGUCUGUGCUGGGUUAAAGCAUUAUUUUGAAGCCCAUUUACAUAUUAAAGCUCAACAAAUACGUAGGGCGAAAAUGAGAGAUUCUGGUUUAUUAAUGUCUUCAACAAUGAUUCAUGAUCUUUUCUCAGUACCCGGUUAUAAAUCUACCAAAAAAUCUCGCGCAGAAGUUCAAGAAGAAAUUGAGCUAAUAGCAAAUGCUGUGUCCUUGAGAAGCCAUUGGACCCCAGUUGAUCAAUUACUUAAAUUGGGUGGCUUAAGUUUAUUAUUACAAAUAAUCAAUUUGGCCCAUGAAUGGAAUUUUUCCGGAAGAUGUGAAAUGAUUAAAAAUGCACUUGAAGUAUUAAACAUAUGUGCGGUAUUACCAAAAGUUCAAUUAGCAUUAUGUGAAAUACCAUCUCUUAGAAUUCCAGCGGAUAAUCAAAAUGAUACAUCGGCAAUACAGAGAAAUGAUCAACAUACUGAAAAUGACAAUGUUGGACUAAAUAUUAUUAUAAAAGCAGCAGAAGGAGAUCUUUUAGAUGCUGAUAUUCAAAAGGCUGCUCUCUCUGUCAUUAUUACUUGUGUUUGUGCACCAAUACACAGGGAAGGUGGAAGUAUAGCAUACUAUUCAUCAUAUGGAUCAGCUAAAAAACGUAUACCCAAGACUUAUGAUGAUGCUGCCAUUGAAAAAAUUUGGGAUUGUAUAAGAAAUAAUAAUGGAAUUAUGGUUUUACUUACUUUAAUGACUAUUAAAACACCAAUUACUGAUGUUGAUGCUAUACGAGGAUUAGCAAGUCGUGCAUUGGCUGGAUUGGCUCGCAGUGAAUCAGUUCGCCAAAUUAUUAGUAAAUUGCCUUUAUUUAACAGUGGCCAAUUACAAAAUUUAAUGAAAAAUCCUGUUUUGCAAGAAAAGCGUCAAGAACAUGUAACAUUUCAAAAAUAUGCUUUAGAAUUAAUGGAAUUGGUUUCAGGGAAAACAAAAAAUAAUGGGGCUGAAAUAGAAGCAUCAUUGGCAAAUAUAAAUCGAGCAAACAUUGUUGCACAAACUAAAAUUCAUUUCAACGAGCAGCAAUUGCUUCUUUUAAUACAUCAACAUUUAGUGGCUAAAGGUUUGUCCACAACUGCAGAAUCAUUAGUACAAGAAGCAAACCUUAAUAUAGCUGAGAAAAAGUCUACACCAUUUACAUAUAUUUCCCAUUGCCGUAAUCGGUCAAUUGGAGGAGGAAUAUCCCCAAUAAGUUCUAGACACGCUGUUCAAAACCAAAAAUCUGAAUUAUCUAAUUUAUCAAAUAGUCCUUUAGUUCCUGGAUUUAAUUCCAGAGGAAUAAAUUCAACUCCAAUUCGUUUGAAUGUUAACAGACGAUCAGAAAUUCGUCCAAAACCAGAACCAGAACAAGAACUUGAAUCACCUAUGUCUAAAUCAGUUCAUAAAAAAAUUGACCAAGAUAUAACAUCACUUACUGAUAAUAAUACUAACUCAAAAGUUAGUUUAGAAUCUAUUGUUACAGAAUACUUAACCAAUCAACAUGCUUCGUGUAAACAUCCUAUGGUUACAUGUCCUCAAUUCAAUUUAUUUGUUCCACACAAAUGUCCUGAUCCUAAACCAAGGAGCUCAAUGUGUACAAAUUUUGCUAUGCGAUUUUCAAAAAAUAUACAUUCUAGAAAACUAAACCAAAGACUCAUACAUAGUCGUUUUUGUCCAACUCGUAUGUUCCAUAUGGACGAUGAAGAAGCAUAUUUCACAUGUUGCGAGUUUUUAAACCAAAAUCGUGUCGCUGUUGGGACAUACAAUGGUGAAAUAAAAAUAUUUAAUUUAUUUACUUCUCAAGAAGAACUAUCAUUUUCAGCCCACGAUUCAUAUAUUAUAGACUUACAAUGUAGUAAUGAUGAAAGGCUAUUGAUAUCUUCUGCUUCUUGGCGACCACCUUUAACAUCUAUUUGGUCUAUAACUGAGGAUGCUAUCAAUAUUAAAUAUUCUUUGAACCAUGAAGAAUUCUGCACUUUUAGCAAUUAUGACCAAACUAAAUUACUUGGAACUAAAGCUGAAAUAGCAACAAUAUAUGAUUUAGAAACUAGUAAAAAAAUAUUAACAUUAGUUCCAAAACAUUCAAAUCAGUACAGUAGAAAUCGAGCAGCAUUUGAUGCUACUAAUGAAUUAGUAUUAUCUGAUGGUGUAUUAUGGGAUGCCAUUGCUGGAAAGGAAAUCCACAAGUUUGAUAAAUUAAAUCAAUGUGUGAGUGGAAUUUUUCAUCCAAACGGACUUGAGAUUAUAUCAAAUACAGAAGUUUGGGAUAUGCGCACAUUCCAGUUAUUACGCACGGUGUCAAGUCUUGAUCAAUGCAAUGUAACAUUCUCCAAAUCUGGAGAAGGAAUGUAUUUAUAUGUUAUUGAUCAAGAAAUUGAAAAUGAUUCAUCUUACCAAACUUCAUUUAAAACUUUAGAUCCUGAUGAUUACUCAAACAUUGCCACUGUUGAUGUUAAAAAAUUCAUUUAUCAUAUGGCUUGCAAUAGCUCUGAUACUCAAAUAGCUAUUGUUGAAAAUCAAGGAAUGUUUGAAAAUAUUGAUGAAUCAAUUGUACGAAUUUAUGAUGUUGGUAGAUCUAGAAAUGAAGACGAAACGGUAGAAGAAGAUGAAGACGAAGAAGUUGAUUCUGAAGGUUCAGGUUCAGAAGACGAAAACAUAUCUAUGUUUCCAUCAUUAUUGGAAGAUAUGAUAGCUGAAGGAAUGUCUGCAGGUGGGAUGACUGAUAACUUUUCAAGUGGUAGUAGUAGCAGCUUUGACAGUAUCGGUGAUAGUUCUCGUUCAUUUACUCCAUUAUCUGAUUCAAGUAAUGACGCAAGUUAUGAUGCUGGUGGAAAUUCAGACCCAGAAAACACAGAUGCUUGAUUAUUAUUAAAUUUAAUAUAUUUUUAUUGUUUUAAUUUAAGAAGUGAUAAAUGUAAUAAGAAAUUACUUCUGAAAUACAUAAAAUUUUCAAUUUACCAUAUUGUUGUAUCACUGUGUUGUUUUGUAUGUUCAUGAUUAAUAACAAAGUUUUCUAUCUUAUGUAUUAUUUUACUAUUAAAUUUGUAUGUAUGAUAAUAUGAUAAAAUAGUUUUAAAAGAAAACUUAAUGAAGACUUUCUGAAAACUUCUGGAGAGUAC